AUGCCGCGUAAAGACUUUUUGCGAGAUCUCGAGCACGCUGCAGCUCCUGGCCGCUUCUCCUGCAUCUCCGAUAUCAGAGCCGGGGAUUAUGACGGAUCGAUUUCUUUCAAGUUCACUGACUCUCAGCUGAACUUGGUAAUUGAGUUCCAGGCUAUUGUAUCCGAUUCCCACGAUUAUCCCAAGGAGCACAGUUACUUCGUUUUCGCAACUUCUGAAAACUGCCCCUCAAAGAUCACUUCCAAACUGGAGAACCCAGGAUCUCUUUUUGCAGGCUCGACAAUCCAUGAGCUGUUAAGUAGCUUGGCGGACAUCAUCACAAACACCCUCAUCAACACCACUUCCAAAUCCAGCUCUUCCGGCAAUGACAACACAUCUGAUAUUGAUGAUGACGAGUCAACCAAUGAUACUGGUCAGCAAGAAUGGGACUCCGAUGAAGAGGAAGGCAUGUUUGGCCCUGUUCAAAGCGACAGCGAACUACAGAAGAGGCUUCGUCGUGACUUGCGUCUUGUCAAACACGCGGGCUUCAGGGUGGGAUACCUGGGCUCGAAAAAUAAAUCUAUCAUUGUGUCAGUCUCAUGCCGCAUUGCCAAGCUUGGUAUCUCAGACGAAGCCAUGGAUGCCUGGAACGUCAACCCCUCGGAAUACGUGGUGUUGCUGAUCCGCUACGUACCGACCUACGUUGACCUGCAGGGAAUGCUUGGAUUAUGCGGCAACAUAGCCAAGAACCUGGUCCAGAUGCACGUCGGUACCUGUGACUCAUACAAACCAUCCCUUCAACAGGCCGUGGAGGCAUUCCAGGGUACACGAGAUCUCCAAAAGAAAGACGAAGACGCCAUUCCGGAUACAGCAGUGACCGAAAGCUCCCUGCGGUCUCUCUUUAUAGGGAGAUCCCUGAACUCAGUUCUCGAAAAGCGUCUGUUUGGAAUUAUUCAGCUUCGUUUACAGCAUGGAUAUUCAUGGACAGGGGCAGAACUGUUCUUCAAUAACAACCAGGGCAAAAUUCGAAGUGGAUCUGACACUCCCCAAGAGGAGUAUGAUCAACCGGAUAUAUGGGCUACCUCGGCGCCGAAGUUUCUUGUGGCAGACCAUCUGGCUGAAGCUGACCGCAACACCUCUGAAAUAUCUUUGCCACUCUUGGCCAUGCAAUUUACCCUGCGUCAUUUUGUGAAAUGCACAGAAUUCUGCCUGGUCUGCCACUGCAAGAUAAAUGGGUCUUUUGAGGCACUCAAGCCUUAUGUAUGCUCGAGUGGACUGUGCUUGUACCAAUACAUGGCGCUGGCAAUGGGCUCCAGUCUCGAAUAUGAGAUUUACUCACAGCCACUGGUUGUUGAGUUGUUGAUUAGCCUUGCAUACUCUGCAGCAAUCUCAGAGCAACUUGAAGAGGUUCCAAAUGGUCUGAGGCUGCAAGUCCCGGCAAAGCUACUUCAACUUGACUCAGGCGAUGAGCGUUUCUAUACUGGAGAGCUGAGUGCAGCCAAGCUCGAUCUCUUGACGACCGCGCGACUUCCUCUCAAGGCUGGUGAUUGGGUUGUCAUUUGCGUCGGUUCUGGUCUCAGCCAAGGUGGAAAAGACACCACGGAGGAGUGGCACUGUCGUGUUCAGAACACAGAAGAAUCACCUGGUCACAUUCUUCUCUCGGGGCUUAUCUGCCAAGGGCAGCAGUUGCAGCACAAAAGUCUCCCGAAUGAAUACAAAGAAGUCCAAUUCACGAUCUAUGACACAGAUUUGGAUGAAUUGACGACACCUCUGAAGAUGAGGAUGAUUUCUGUUGUUCUUGGUACACUUCCUAAUGUCCAGGAGAUGUAUUCAUUCAUCAAAGGCAGUGGUAAAGAGAACCUUCUCUCGGCAUGGAAGCACGUCAUCUCUCCUACUGCAUUGGACCUUUUACGUUGGGUUGUUGCCUCGAAUCGAUCUUUGAUCAAACAAGACGAUCAAAACACAUCACAUCAAGUGACUGGAAUAAAUGGAUAUGUGCAAUUUCGCCAAGUUCAGGGUGCACCCGACAAGGAGAAACGUUUUCUCAAUGCUGUUAACUCUGUCUCCCUGGGUAAGAAUCCCCAAUAUCCCACAAUUUUUGCAUGGCAUGGGAGCCCCGUGCAAAAUUGGCACAACAUCCUGCGUGAGGGCCUUCACUUCAAAAAGAAAGUCCAUGGUCGCUCAUAUGGUGAUGGUGUCUACAUGUCAAAGCACCUCGAGGUUUCAAAAACCUACACUUGCCCUUGGACCCACUAUGACUCUUCGGUGUGGCCUCAGUCUCGCCUGAAGAUUUCAACGAUAGUCUCACUGAAUGAAGUAGUCAAUUCAAUUGAGGAUUUCGCAGACCACAGGCCUCAUUAUGUUGUGCAGCAGCUGGAUUGGAUCCAAACGAGAUAUCUCUUUGUCCAAUUCAGCAUUCCUGGGGUUGCUGCAAGAUACCCUUUGAAGUCUUCUACUUUCAACAAGCAGGACGACGGCUUGUUUUACGAACAAAACCCAUUUCACCUUGCCCGUGGUCUUAACGGAGUUCCAAUCGGCAUUCCAAUCUCGAUACUGAAAGGCCAGCGAGGCAAAAUCCAUCGGACCAAUGUUCACUCCAAGUUAUGGGCCGAAGGAUUUGAUCUGUCCCCAAAGAGGCGCAAACUAAUUGUGGAGGGCGAAGGGAAUGAAACCGAAGAAAAUAUCGGUGUUGGAGAGAAUGACAACGACGACAACGUCAGUGUUGGAACCGAAAUGGAGGAUAUCAGCAUUCUACUAUCUGACGAUGAAGCACCCAAAAGCCAAAAGAAGACAGUGGAAAAUUCUGACCCCAAGACCGAUUUCAUCCCUGGGACGCUACAAGAAGAUUCUCUACCCAUGCUUGGCCAUCCGCGAUACGCAACUACACCGGCGACAAAGAUUCUCCAGCAGCAUCUGGCUGCAACUCUCAAAACUCAGAAUCAAGUCCCGUUGCAGGAUCUGGGUUGGUAUGUUGACCACAAGUUAAUCAAUACAGUCUACCAAUGGAUUGUGGAGUUACACUCCUUCGAUUCCGAAAUCCCACUAGCGAAAGACCUUCAAGCUGUCAAUAUGCAGAGCAUUGUACUGGAAUUUCGUUUCCCAUCCCAAUUUCCCAUGAAUCCCCCUUUCAUACGAGUGAUCCGGCCUCGUUUCCUUAGCUUCGCCCAGGGAGGUGGCGGGCAUGUCACCAGUGGUGGUGCGAUGUGUCUGGAGCUUCUCACGCAGUCUGGUUGGCUCCCAACUGCCUCGAUAGAGAGUGUGCUGUUGCAAGUUCGCAUGGCGAUACUGAAUCCCGAUCCCCGACCUGCGCGUUUGUCGCUCAAUGCUAGCAAGAUGGACUAUUCAGUGGGCGAAGCGGUGGAUGCCUACAAAAGGGUUUCAAAUUCCCAUGGUUGGCAAAUCUCCAAGGAUAUUGAGGAGCUCGCUUGGUCAACCUACUAG